UUGCGUCCCAAACAAAGUGUCACAAAGAGCUCGGCCCGCGGCAGCAGCGGAGGCGGCUGUAACUCAGCUUUUGUUCUCCUGGCCGGGGGUAGCUGAGCCUUGGCCUCCCUAUCUCCCAACCCUGCCCCCCAUCAUCCUUCUGGCUUAUCUUCCUGGGGAGGGGUCUGAGGUGCUGCUGGAAAAACCUCUCGGGCAGGAUUGCAGGUCCUACCCUACUUAGCAAUCUAUUUCUGGGAGGGGGAUUUUCCCAGAGGCUCCCUUGGUCACCCCUACGUCCCAGUCUGAGGACUGAGGCUCACGUGGGUGCUAAUACUGACUUUUCUAGGGUCAGCUCUACUUAAGGGGACUUAGGGCUGUCUACAUGACCCCCGUUCCCAAACCCAGGUCCUCCAGAACUUUCAAAAUCAAAAUCGGGGUUGCGUUAGGACAUGCCUCUGGGAUAAGAUUCCCCAUGGUGGGAUGGCAGCAGGUGAGCAGGUGUGCCUUCCUCUUGCUUCCUGCUGUACCUUUGGAGUCCAUGGCUGAGGUUCCAUGUCUCCAACUCAGGAGAGUGAGGACACAGGGAAGGAGGCUUUACCAAGAACUCAGUCUAAAAAGGCUGGCGAGCUGCAGAGUGGAGUGGGUUUGGAGGAGCUAUCUGAGCAGUGAGGUUCAGAGGGCCAUGGAGAGGAGACCAUAAAAGUGAACUACUGGUGUGUGUGUGUGAUCAAGGUAGUCUUGACUGUAGACCGCCCUAGAAGCUCCCUUUGCUUUUAACCCCAUCUAGUGCAGUGGUAAUCAUAAUUGUUAGCAGAUUCGGGAGGUGUAGGAUUCUCAAGAGGGAAAACUGUUGUGUUAGAGGUGACCAGAGGCAGUUACAACUGGACCCCAGAAGUCCUGAACCCUUGCUCCUUACACUUUGACCCUAAAAACUUUUGAAUCACAAGACUUGAGGGACAGUCUUUGUGUUCCAUUUAGCAAAUACUUCUAUGUACCUGUCCUUGUUGUUUCUAAGUCUUUUCACCAACCAUUCCAUCCUUCUCUACUGAAUAAGGUUUAGUGAUCCACACCCACUUCCCUACCAGCUGCCCCAGCAUGUAAGGAUAAUUGGCCUGUUGCUUUCGAAAGGUUUCUGAUACCUAUCCCUGGCCCUUCAUCCUUACAGAAUCCAAAUAAGGGCAAGAUAACCCCUGAUUCCCAGUGGGGGUGGAAAGUAGGUCAGUGCUGCUGUCUGGCCAAGUCUCGGGAUGGUGUUUAAGGCCUGACUAUAGAAAACUCUGUGAUUAUUGUCCAGGGCAAUAUAUGCAUGACCUCGGUUCCAAGGCAGUUCAUAGUAUCCCAGUCCCUGUCAGUUCUUUCCCCUACUGAGAAAAAAUCAUGGGAUCAGGUAUCUGGAACCUGGUUUGAUAUGGAGAUGAUUCAGGAGAUCUUGAUUGGGCCUAGGAAGGUAUCUCAGUGAGUUUUGUUGAUUUUAGGCCACCUUCUGGGGAAACUUUCCCUGCUGGGGAAUUCAGCUUCAGUUUGGGCCUUCUUGUAUAUCACUCUAUUUCUGUUCUGGAAACUGCUAUGUGCAAAGUGGUUUAUUGUUGUUUUGUUUUGGGAUAGGAAGCUUUGCCCUAUUCCCACUCUUUUUGCCUCAGAUAUGAGGCCAGCUUCCUAUGAGAUUUUGCUGGCUAUCCUACAGACAGUUUUAUGGGCCCUAGAAUCUUCUCAGAAUGAGAGUAUGUGCCCAUAGGUUAGUCAGCUAUGACCAUGCAGUAUUCCCAGCCCCCCCGCCUCCACCAUCUGCUUCCUCUGAAUAUACCAGAUUGGCUGUACACCAGGAUGUUCCGGGAAUCCCCAGGAGAGCAACAGAAUGUGAUGGACCCAAAUAUGAUGCCUCAGUAACUCAUUCCAGGAUGUACAAACUGUAACUGUCAGGAUGCUCCUUAUAGCUAAUUAAAAUUCUUCUAGUUACAUCUAUUUUCUAUUAGCUCUUUCUAUUUUCAGUGACAUCUAAAAGGCCAAAAUAAUCCCUCUGGUACCACUGGGUUUUUUUCUAUGGUUUUCAGAUAGGAACGAAAAAAAAAAUGCUCUAGCUUUUCUGUGUUGUAUCUGUGAUGCUAAAAUGGCAAAGAGCCCCUCUAGCACCUCAUAGCUCUAUCUAUGGUACUGAGGUGGCCCAAGUGGCUUCUGUGGUAGCCCACUGCACUCUCCAUGGUACUGAAGGGAUGACCAUUUGUUUUAACAUCUCUCUGGGGUCCAAAAGAGUUCUAUGACUUAGAACCACAAAUUUUUUUGAGCAGGAAGGGACUAACAAUAUAAAUUAGUCCAAUCCCCUUAUUUUACUGAUGAGUAAACUGGGAGGUUAAGUGAUUUAGUAAGGGUUGUAGGGUUAUCAAUGUUCAGACUAGGCCUACAAUAGCCUUGUACCCCUCAGUCCUAUUCUAAUUCACCUUCUGUGGCACUAUUCAAUAAGCCUAGCUAGGCUCUUAGUCCCAGGAAAGGAUCCAGAGGAUGAGAGUGGGUGCCCUAAUUUGAAGCUACAGAAAUACACAUAUUAAGUGAUAGUGGAGGUCGUCUGGUGACCCUUGGACAAGGACACUUUGUUAAUUAUAAUAACUGCUAAUAAUAAUCCUAUAGCCCCGAUUCCACAUGUAACAGGUACCUGCCCCUUCAUGGAGUUUUACCACAUCCACUAAAUGUCAAAAAUUAAAGAAGCCUUGGACCUCCAGAGCCUUUUCUCUCUGCUGACAGGCAGGUUGACUCCUGGCCCAGUUCUUUUCUAUUAAAGAUCCUUAGGCAAAGUAGUGCUUGCAUCUUUUUCUUUCUCAGUAACCCAUUUCAGUUUCGUGAUGCCUAUUGUAAGGAAGUUCUUUAUAUCUCAAAUAUUCUUUCUUAGACAAAAAAAAAAAUAUGGUUAGGCCCACAUUCAUUUAGCCUUGACCAGAUACCGUUCUCUGUAUGAGGCAGAAAGGUAGACUAGAUGACUCCUGGUCAUCUUCCCAGGCCUAUUUCCAUGAAUCUUGAUUCUGGGGUUUCUUCUAAGUCCUCAUGCUAAACUCCUCUGCAGCUUAGGAUCAGCACCCCCCACCCCCCCCAUCCUCUUCCUCUCAAUGAUCUCCUUCCCCAGCACUGGAGCUCUGCAAGUCCCAGGCCUAGGGAAUUUUAGCCUGGAGAAUUUUAACCCCUUCCUGCUCAGAGCAUGUGCUGAGUCCCUAUCUGUGCAGAUGGCCCAGCCCCGCCCCCCGUCCCUCACUCCAGCCUCUUGAGCUCAGAGCCAGUGUAAUCCUCCUCUUGUGUGAGGGAGCCUCUCCCCUGCAGAGAGGAGGAAAGCCUGCCUCGGAACAGCCCUGGACAAAGGGGCUCAGAUGCCCCAUCAUACUGCAGGCUCCAAGGUUUGAAACAAGGGGAUGAAUCCUAUACGGUAUUUGCAGUUUUUAGCCCCUUCCCCAGGCUAGCUGUGCCCCUUAACUUCCACUCCUCCCCCAACUCUCUCUUCAUUCCCUCUCCCUCUGGCUCCCUCCCCCUCAUGCCCCUCCCCCUCUGUCUGUCUUCAGACUCUGCUGCUGGGAGGUGUUUCUCUCCCAUGCAUGAAUGAGUCUCUGUAAUGAAUGGAAAUGAAUGGAUCAGGAAUCCAGGCGGAGGGAGGGAGAAUGAGGGGGGAAAGACAGAAAGACAGGGUAAGGGCAGAAGGAAGCACUGUGGAACCUGGAAGGAUGUUUGGCUGGCUGGUCAGUUAGGGGUCUCAGAGCAACUGAUCCCAUUUGGAUAACUGGGGAGCAUGGCAAGCCCACCCCAUUUGCUCACCACACUGCAUAGCCCAACCUACAUGGGAGAGGGGCAUACUGUGAUGGUCUUCCCCACCGCCAGGGGGUGGGGUGGUAGUUGUGGUUGUUCUGGACCAUGCAUUUAAAAUGUAGAAUUUCGGGAAGAAAUCUGGAUUAUUUGGGAGGCUUGUAGGCUUGGCAAAUCAAGAGGUACAGUUUUUGAGUACAGCAGCCCCUUCGUGCCUCAAGAUGCAAGUAGGGAGAAGGGAUUGGUUUUGGGAAUACAGAGUGCUGAGAGUCUGGGGGUAGGGAGUGACUUUACUGCUGAAAACUGGGGCUCAUCUCUUCCUCCAAAUCUGUCUCUCUUGCUUUAGCUCCACAGCACCUGUUGCCUUCAUUAGCAGCUUUUCCUCCUCUUCCCUGCACUCCCCAGAACCAAAGAAUGUGAAGGGGGUCCAUGGAGGUGAGUGAAGCUCUGGCUUCAACCUACAAGUACCUACAACUGUAUACUCCUUCUCCUGCCUACCUCUCUCUCUCUUUGACCUCCCAUUAUUAGAAGUUAACUCCUUGGUCCUGACAUCUCGAUUCCCAUACACCCCACCCCCAACUUCCCGAGGGCUCACGUCCCCGCGCCCCGAGCGGCCACUUAGCGCCGUCGCCGCCGGCUUUCGACGGCGAGCUGGAUUUGCAGCGAUACUCCAACGGGCCAGCCGUGAGCGCAGGGUCGCCCGGGAUGGGAGCGGUGAGCUGGUCUGAGAGUCGUGCAGGCGAACGGCGCUUCCCCUGCCCUGUAUGCGGGAAGCGCUUCCGCUUCAACUCUAUCCUGGCUUUGCACCUGCGGGCGCACCCAGGCGCCCAGGCCUUCCAGUGCCCACACUGCGGCCACCGCGCGGCGCAGCGGGCUCUGCUGCGCUCGCACCUGCGCACACACCAGCCCGAGCGCCCACGUAGUCCUGCUGCACGCCUGUUGCUGGAGUUGGAAGAGCGCGCGCUACUACGCGAGGCUCGACUGGGGAGAGCCCGAAGCUCAGGGGGCAUGCAGGCCACCGCUGCCACUGAGGGCUUGGCGCGGCCCCAGGCUCCUUCAUCGUCCGCCUUCCGUUGCCCCUACUGCAAAGGCAAGUUUCGCACCUCGGCGGAGCGCGAACGCCACCUGCACAUCCUGCACAGGCCCUGGAAGUGCGGCCUGUGCAGUUUCGGCUCCAGCCAGGAGGAGGAGCUGCUGCACCACAGCCUGACGGCCCACGGGGCUCCCGAGCGCCCCCUGGCGGCCACCACCGCUGCGCCUCAGCCUCAGCCUCAGCCUCAGCCUCAGCCUCAGCCUCAGCCUCCACCCCAGCCCGAAACUAGAUCAGUCCCGGAGCCGGAGCCCGAGCCCGAACGUGAGGCAACCCCGACCCCAGCUCCUGUCGCUCCCGAGGAGCCCCCAGCACCUCCAGAGUUCCGCUGCCAAGUGUGCGGCCAGAGCUUUACACAGUCUUGGUUUCUCAAGGGCCACAUGCGUAAGCACAAGGCCUCCUUCGAUCAUGCGUGUCCGGUGUGCGGCCGCUGCUUCAAGGAGCCCUGGUUCCUUAAGAACCACAUGAAGGUGCACGCCAGCAAGCUGGGCCCACUGCGUGCCCCGGGGCCUGGCUCCGGGCCUGCCCGGGCCCCGCAGCCUCCUGACCUCGGCCUGCUGGCCUAUGAGCCGUUGGGCCCAGCGCUCCUCUUGGCCCCGGCGCCCACCCCGGCCGAGCGCCGUGAGCCCCCGAGCCUCUUGGGCUACCUGAGCCUGCGGGCUGGCGAGAGCCGGCCCAACGGCGAGGGUGCUGAGCCCGGGCCCGGCCGCAGCUUCGGAGGCUUCCGCCCGCUGUCCUCUGCUCUCCCGGCCCGGGCUCGCCGGCACCGUGCGGAGGAGCCGGAGGAAGAAGAGGAGGUGGUGGAGGCCGAGGAGGAGACCUGGGCCCGGGGCAGGUCGCUGGGCCCUCUGGCUUCCCUGCAUCCACGCCCGGGUGAGGGACCGGGGCACUCUGCCCCUUCUGCUGGGGCCCCGGCAAGAUCGACCACCACGCAGGAAGAGAAUGGGCUGUUGGUUGGAGGGACCCGGCCUGAAGGGGGCCGGGGCGCCACCGGCAAGGAUUGUCCCUUCUGCGGAAAAUCUUUCCGCUCAGCACAUCACCUCAAAGUGCAUCUGCGAGUGCACACAGGCGAGCGGCCCUACAAGUGUCCGCACUGUGACUACGCGGGCACCCAGUCCGGCUCGCUCAAGUAUCACCUACAGCGCCACCACCGGGAGCAGAGGAGCGGGGCUGGCCCCGGGCCACCCCCGGAACCACCGCCUCCUUCCCAGCGGGGUUCAGCCCCGCAAUCUGGAGCCAAGCCGUCUCCACAGCCUGCGACCUGGGUGGAGGGUGCCUCAAGCCCCCGGCCUCCUUCUAGCAGUGCUGGGCCGGGGUCCCGUCGGAAGCCCGCCAGCCCUGGGAGGACCCUGCGCAACGGGCGAGGUGGUGAGGCCGAACCCCUGGACCUGUCCUUGCGGGCAGGGCCGGGAGGCGAGGCCGGGCCGGGGGGUGCCCUCCACCGCUGCCUCUUCUGCCCUUUCGCCACUGGAGCCCCAGAGCUCAUGGCCUUGCACCUUCAAGUGCACCACAGCCGCCGGGCUAGGGGCCGCCGGCCACCCCAGGCUGACGCGUCCUCGCCCUAUGCCCGAGUACCAUCAGGAGAGACCCCUCCCAGUCCUUCGCAGGAAGGGGAGGAGGGCUCCGGGCUGUCCAGACCCGGAGAGGCAGGGCUAGGGGGGCAAGAACGGUAGUGAGCCCUCAGGGGCGAUUAGCUUAGUGAGCUUACCCCGCCGGAGCGGGGGAGCGCUAGAGGUAGUUGGGUAGAGAAGCCAGCAGGGGGCAGCGUGGGACCCAUAUCCCAGCCCCAGGCGGACCAGAGGUGGAAGGGGCGGCGGGCGUAGGAGGGUGGGCUGGCGGUACCCACCCAGCCCAAGGGAGUCACAGUGCCUUAGAAGUGGCAGAGGUGAGGGUCAAAGAACGGGGUCCCUGGGCUGGCAGAGAGGGUUUGUGUCCCUGUUGAGGAGCCACUCUGCCAGUCUUUGCUGGUCCAUAGGCGUGAGAGUUUAUUUUUGUACAAGGGGUGAGGGUGGGGAGCACUGUACCCUUCUAGCCCCAUCAGGGGCUCUGUAGACGUCGCUAUUUUUGGUACGAUUCCUGUCAUCCCUGUUGCAGAGUCGUGUCCCCAAUAAACAGGUGUCGUGAGGCACAGGGCCCUG